GUGGAGAAGACCGAGCGCCUGGUGUGGUCGGGGGGCGCGUGUCCCCCUGAGAUGCUGAGGUUCCUGGGGUCGCAGCUCACCUAUCACCUCAACUCCUUCUGGCAGAGCCUCUACAGCGACUACUGCAGGGGGCCUGCGCCCCCCAACACCAUCUCCAGAUGGGCAUGUCUGGUGAUGAGCGCGCUGUGUGACCUCAAGGAGGAGCUCUCGAGCGCCCUCCUUCGUCUGGACCCCAGCAGGACAGCCAUGCAGGAGGCCCACCAUGUCCUCAGCCUCAUGCCCUACAAGGCCGCCCGCAAAAUGUGCUAUGAGGAGGAAGAGUUCCUGCAGCUGGCAGCGGUGCUGGAGGCGCUGCAGCAGUUCUUCACGAGCAGCAUCCUGCUGGAGGAGUCCCUCCUACAGGCUGAGGAACGCUGGAAGGAGCAGCUGAGUCUUGCCAGGGAGCGCGGGCUGCCGCUGGCAGAGCUACAGCACCGCUACUACAGUCAGCGCUACCAGGAACAGCAGCUACAACUGCUGGAAGACCAGACCUCUGCUACCAUGCUACUUGUCAACAUCGUGUUCGUGGAAGGCUCGGGCCUGUUCGUGUCCAUCGUGCAGUCCCCGUCGGCCGCGUGUCUGGCCAAGGCCGCCCUCAAGUCCAUCUCGUCCACCGCCAAUAACAACAACAUCGGCGACACCUCCGAGGACACCGGCCGCUCUCUGCGACCUCCGCCAGCACAGAAAGCCUCCAACAUCUUGUCCAGCAUGUUCAAAGGCGUGACGUCGGCUGGCGGUGUGUACGUAAAGGCUCAGCUGGUGCCUGCCGAGUGGUUCCCUGACGCGCCCCUGGACCUACAAUUGUGGGUCAGUGACUAA